UUACGCGGCAACGGUGAUGAUUAGCAGCGGAAUUAAUAAAAAAGGGAGAACAGGCGGCUUCUGAACAUAUUUCCGGUCUCUAUAUAUAGUCGGCGACGCCAUGGCUCGGCUUCCUGGUUAGCGAAGCAAAAUCCAAUUUUAUAAUCAGAAAGCCCAUUUCACCUCCUGCUUUCUUCUCGUACCCUCUCCCUGUUUCUCCCUGUUUCAAUCAGCAAAAGGAACAACAAUAAGCAAGCAGCAGCAGAGCAAUACAGACAGAAUGUCCUCUAGCGACGGAGAGAUUAUUGAAGAAGUUCUUAACAAUGAUGAGGAUCCGGGUGCCAACGAUUUGAGGCAGCGGUUGAGGGAUCGAACCAAGACCGUCGUGCAUACCAAAGAGAUUCUGUCGAAGCAGGCUACCCGAACCAAGGUGAAGAUCGCUAAACAGGCGGUGAAGAUCGCUAAACAAGCAGAGGAGCACGAAAGGUUCAUCAAUAAGGUGACCCAUUUUCUAGGCGUCUUUGGGUUUGGAGGGUUUUGCUAUCUCUUGGGUGCAAGGCCGCAGGAUAUUCCGUACGUCUAUUGUUUCUUCUAUUUCACAUUCGUCCCUCUUCGGUGGAUGUACUACCGCUACAAGAAAUGGCACUAUUAUCUCCUGGAUUUCUGCUACUAUGCAAACACAAUCUUCUUGGUCAAUCUCCUUCUGUACCCGAAGAAUGAAAAGUUUUUCAUGGUUUGCUUUUCAUUUGCGGAAGGACCAUUGGCAUGGGCGUUGAUUGUUUGGCGUUGUAGUUUGGUUUUCAACUCUGUGGACAAACUUGUUAGUGUCCUUAUACAUCUUUUACCAGGGUUAGUGUUCUUUACCAUUCGGUGGUGGAAUCCAGCAACUUUUGAGGCCAUGCAUCCUGAAGGAACUGCACGUAGAGUGUUGUGGCCAUACGUGGUGCAGGACAAAACAUUCCUUCUCAAUUGGUUGUUUUGGGUGCCUCUAGCUGCCUACACACUGUGGCAGACACUCUAUUUCCUCAUUGUCAACGUCCUUCGCCGUCAGCGAUUAUUGAGAGACCCAGAAGUCAUGACUUCCUACAGGGAGCUGUCAAAGAAGGCACAAAAAGCAAACAAUGUGUGGUGGCGCCUUAGUGGCGUGCUCGGGGAUCAGAACCGGAUGCUCAUGUACAUUUUGUUGCAAGGGUUAUUCACGGUGGCGACCAUGGCCCUCACAGUGCCCAUCUUUCUCUCCUAUAGACUGCAUGUGGUAUUCCAAUUUCUGAAAGUCUCUGCGGCCGUGUGGAAUGGGGGGAGCUUCCUCCUGGAAGUAAUGCCUAGGCAGGUGAUUCUCAAGGAGAAGAAGAAGAAAUCAGAGAUCAAGCCAGUACCAACUGGGGAACACGAUGAUGCUGCUUCGAGUCACCUGCCGGAGCCAGCGAUGAAGAUGAGCAGUUCUGCUGAGGCACUGCAGUCCCAGCAAGAAUAAACUCUGAUAUACGAUUUUGCUGAUGUAUGUCACUUCGUACACCCUGGGCGCUAGAUGCACUCAUUCUCUCGACCUCUUCUUCUUUCCAGUACGAUCACUCUUUGGUUUUUUUAUCACUCGUCGCAGGUAGCAUUUCUCAGUUCAGGUCAGGUGCCUUAGAGUCUCAGGUUGCAGCUCGCUGUAUAUAGUAAAAGAAACUCACUCCACUUGGUCGUUUUCUGGCUCAAUUUCUUCUUUUCGGUUUGCAGUUCUUACUCACACAUUUGCGACUUUCUCAUGUUGUUUUUCGAGUGUGUUGUACAAUGCUUGAAUGAAAGCAGCAUACAAACUGGACUAGUAUACAAUCUUGUCUGGCAAGGAUGGAGCUUUCCUUUUCCCCCCUUAUGUUAUAGGCGCAAGGUUUAUAGGGAAAGUAGAAGUAUCUUUAUUUCUUAAAUGAGAUAAUAACAUAGCAUAUCAUGG